AUGAUGAAUGAUUUAACUACAGUAGUUGAGGAAGAAGUUGUGUCACAUAAUGAGGUAGCUAAUGAUCCAGGGGAUACUAAUACAGGGGGUAAUGACCCUAUUAAAAUUAGAGAGUUAAAGAAGUUUAUGAUUAGAAAGAAAAUAAGUUUCAUGGGUGUUCUGGAAACUAGAGUUAAGGCUCAACAAUUUGAGAAAAUCACUAAGCAACUUAAUAGUAAAUGGAUAUGGAAACAUAAUUAUUCUUGCUCUCCAAAGGGGGGAAUCUGGAUUGGUUGGAAUCCUCAAAUCAUUGAAGUAGAGGUGUUAGAGGUACAUGAGCAACUUAUUCAUUGUGAGCUUAAAGAUGUUAAUUCCUUUUUUUUCCAAAUUACUCUUUGUUAUGGAUUACACACUAUUGAUCAUAGAGUUGGGCUUUGGGAGAAGAUCAGAUCUUUGGCUAGUUAUUCUCAGUUAGACCAAUGGUUCAUUUUGGGUGAUUUUAAUGCCGUCAUGUAUACUGAUGAUAGAACUAAUGGAACAGCUGUUUCACUUGCUGAAAUCAAGGAUAUGUCUCAAUGGGUCACUGAUUUAAACCUUGCUGAAUUGAAAUCUACUGGCCCUUCUUUUUCUUGGUCUAGCAGAGGCUAUGCUGACAGAAGAAUUCAUAGUAGAAUUGAUCGUGCUUUUGGAAAUGUGACAUGGAUGUUAAAUAAAGGUCAUAUAGUAGUUGAUUAUUUGAUGCCUUCUUUGUCUGAUCAUUCCCCUCUCCUAUUGAAAUAUGCUGAUGAUCCUCUUACUGUGGGAAAGCCUUUUAAAUUCUUCAACUACAUGGCUCAUCAUGCUGAUUUUCAUACUAUUAUGCAUGAAUUUUGGCAUCCUAGUGGUUCUCACAAUCUGUUAGGAGCAAUUUGGGCAAAUCUUACACUUUUGAAGGGGAAAAUGAAAAGCUUGCAUAAAAAUGAAUUUCACAACUUGAAUGAGAAGAUUGAGACAGCAAGAAGUAAUUUGGAACAAAUUAAGUUUCAGUUACAGCAAGAUCCUGAUAGUGUUCAAUUGCAAGAAAAUGAGAAGAUAGCUGGAGAGUUGUUGAGAAAAUGGAAUUUUAUUGAGGAGUCUGCUCUAAAGCAGAAAUCAAGGAUUCAAUGGUUGAAGCUUGGGGACUCAAAUAAUCACUUCUUUCAUGCUGCAAUGAAAGCUAGGUAUAAUACAAAUAGAAUUAACCUCUUGUAUAAUGCUCAGGGUGAUAGGCUUGAGGAUCCUGUUGGCAUUCAACAGGAGAUUCUUCACUUCUAUAAAUCAUUAUUAGGUAGCAGAGCCUCUUCUCUUCCUUCUAUUGAUUUACCUGUUAUGUUAUUAGGAGAGGGUCUAUUUUGA